GUGUGCGACUACUACAGAGGGUUGUCACUAACAACAAUACCCACACCAGUAAUGUGAACAUCGGCGACGCGAGCGCACGUUUAUAGCUUUGCUUUUCAAAAUUUUAUAAUCACGCGUUUCGUGUUUCGACGCACUAAAAGACGCGCGAGGAGUGAAUUUGUGAAAUGUUUGACGUCAAUAUAGUGAACAUAUAGCGGAUGCAAUGUUGGAGUGCUCAGUCUACUGAAGAAUGCACGCACAGAUUCUGCUGUGAAAUAUUUGCGCAUAGCUGUAGGCGCGGCAUCGCCGGCGCGAGAUGAGCGCGCACCUGCAGCUGAUUCUGCUGGCCGCGCUGCCCGCGCUCACAGGCGUGCAGCUGGCGUUGGGCGAGGUGGUGUCAGUGGUGGAGAGCCCGGAGUUCGCGCGCGCGCCGCCGCCGCUGGUCGCCGCGGUCGGCGGCGUCGCCGAGCUGCACUGCCAAGUGCUGCGGCUCGCCGACAAGUCGGUGUCAUGGGUGAGAUCAAAGGACCUCCACAUCUUGUCGCACGCGGGAGCAGUGUUUACGGCGGACCCGCGUGUGUCGGUGGUGGAGAGCGGGGCGGUGAGCGGAGCGGGCGGCGUCACGCGGCAAACGCUGCGGAUUGAGAAGCUGAGGGUCUCUGACGGCGGUCGGUACGAGUGUCAGGUCAACACUGAACCGAAGAUGAGCCAGUUCUUCAACCUCACUGUUGUAGACGAGGUGGUCCCAGAGACGGUGGUGUCGGCAGUGGGCGCGCGGCGGCGGCGCGUGGCGCGGGGCGGCGCGGCCACGCUGGUGUGCGAGGCGCGCUACGAGCCGCCGCCGCGCGACCUGCCGCUGCCCACCCUCGACAUACACUGGUUCUUCGGAGACCAGCCUAUUGACUUGCAGAGCGCGCGUGGAGGCGUGUCGCUGGACACGGAGCGCUGGGCGGCGCGCAGCGUGUCGCGGCUGACGCUGGCCGCGCUGGCACCGCGCGACGCCGGCCUCUACCGCUGCGCCGCGGGGGACGUCGCCGACACUCUGCAGCUGUCUGUCGCAGACUAUACUGAAGGAGCCCUGAUGGAAGCGAUGCAGCGCGAUCAGUCGGCCAUGUCUAGCGGCAACGGCCGAGUGUCGGUCGUCACGAGUUCCCUUCUCACAGUACCGCUGACACUGCUGCUCUUCCGAAGAUGACGGAAUUUCAAUUAUUUUUAUGCCGGAAUUACAUAAAUCUGUAUAUUUUGAACUGUAAAUAUUGUAAAUAACUAUGUUAUUUAUGAAGUGUGCGUGAAUAUAGUGCGGUAACGACAAGAGCUGUUUCAGUUAUAUAAAGCUGGCACGCGCCGCGGCCGGAUAUAUCGCGCCCGCUAUUAGAGGCACAAACUAUUAGCGUGAUUGUUUGUUUAGAGAAUUGGAACGCUCACCCACACAUGCAGCUUCUGAAAUAGAAGAUAUUAGGACGUCACGCGGAGUACUGUCGUCGUAAAAUACCGAGUUCGGGCCAAUGAUUAGGCGCACGUGCCAGGCGCGGGAUUCAUUGGAUUGUCGUUCGGUUUAUAGAUCUAGCAUUUUAUUUUAUUCAGGGAGCAUGGAUUUGUAGUCUAUAAAUAAAUUACACUAAUCAAGGUAUCGAUUCUACAAGCGUUUAUUACAUACGGCGUCUUAAUAGUAGUACUUAUUGUAUGUAAACAAGAACUUCUAUUGAGGCGCGAUACUGACGUACGAUACUGAACGUUAGCAAAACUAGCUAUGAAACAGUGAAAAAAAUUACCUUUUUUGUACCUGGUUAUGAAAAUAGACCAAACGGAAUCUAGACCCGGUUAGCUAUAACUAGUAGAAUAGAGGACUACCAUUUGUUUGUACGAGAACAAAUUUAAAUAUAUUUCAAUUCAACAGUUUGGAACCUGUUUAUUAGUGAAAGUUAUUUUGACGUUUAUAAGUAAGAACACUAGAACAUACAAAAAUAAAAUGUAUUGCCAAGUA